AUGGCAACUCUCAAACCACCAUCAGCAACAGCCCGCUCCUCAUCCAGCUCAAGCACACCCACCGGUCCUCCAAAAGCCCCCCUCAAAGCCGACCCAACGGCAACCAUCUCCGACACCGUCAUCUUCCACGGCAAACACCCAGUCACAAUCGGCGCAGGCACAGUCAUCCACCCACGCGUCCGAUUUUACACCUAUGAGGGCCCCAUAGUAAUCGGCGAUGGCUGCAUAAUAGGCGAGAAAACCAUCAUCGGCGCCACGCCCUCCUCUGCCUCCUCAUCCUCCUCGAUCGAAACACCAACCCGCCUCUCAUAUUUCGUCACAAUCGGACCCCAAUGCACAAUAAAACCAGGCGCACACAUUCACUCAUCCUCAGCAGUCGAAGCCCUCUGCACAUUGAACCGCCACACGGAUAUCGGCUCGCACUCUAAGAUCUGCUCUGGCUGCGAGCUCCCCGAGCGCGGAUCCGUUCCCGAAUGGACUGUUGUUUGGGGGUCGGGCAUUGGUCAGCGGAGACGGCGUGCGCGUGAGGCCAAAACCCCCGGUCCCGCCGUGACUGUUGCGGCGCAAGUUGCGCAGAUUCCUGCGCCGGGGCCCGCGCCUUCGGGGAAGGUCAUUGAGGAUGCUAGAUUGAUGGUUUUACAGAAGGAGAGGGAGAUUCUUGGGCGGAUGCUUGUUCCUACUGGGCCGAAGAAAAGAUGA